AACAACAAGAGGAGACGACUAAAACACACAUCAAGAUAAAGUUUCAUAUCAUUUUCGCCAGCCGGCAGUAGUAGAACGCGCGUUUGUGGUUGUUCGCACAUUAUUAGAAUAUUUAAUGCGACCAGUUAUCGCAAUUAGGACGAGGGCGAAAAUUGAAAAUCGUAUUAAUCAAAACUAAUAAUAAAACCCAAGUGCCGUCACAAAUAGAUCAGAUAGCAAGCUAAUAUGUAUACGAAAAUCUUUCGUGCUGUGAUAAUCGGAGCACCCGGCUCCGGCAAGGGUACCAUUUCGGAACGUAUUGUGAAAACCUUUGGAUUCCUGCACAUCUCCUCGGGCGAUAUAUUGCGCCAGAACAUUAUCAAUAAUACGGAUCUGGGCAGGAAGGCGCAAGAUUUUAUCAACUCGGGCCAACUGGUGCCCGAUGAGAUAGUCACCAAGACCAUGCUGGCCCGCAUCACAGAGGUGGGCAACAAGUCCUACAUUCUGGAUGGUUUCCCACGCAACAGUGCCCAGGCGGAUAUUCUAGCGGCACGUGAGCAAAUCGAUGCCGUCAUCAAUCUGAACAUUCCACACGAUGUGAUCAUUUCCCGCGUGAAGAAUCGUUGGAUUCACGCACCAUCGGGUCGAGUCUACAACAUUGGCUUCGAUGAUCCCAAGGUGCCGGGCAAGGAUGAUGUGACGGGCGAACGGUUGACCCAGCGUGAGGACGACAAGCCCGAGGUGGUGGCCAAACGCUUGCAGUUGUACGAUGAGCUGAUGAGUCCGGUUUUGGCCUGGUAUGCGGAACGUGGUCUGGUCACCAGUUUCAAGGGACGUGAAACCAAAGAGAUUUGGCCACGCGUCGAACGUUUCCUCAAGGAUAAGGUCCAGGGAUAGAGCGGUGGUUAAAGCAGUUAUAUCCGAAUAGAAUUUCUUUAAUUGUGCACAAUUUUAAUUGAUAAGAACAAUGUGUUCAAUUAAGCCCAAACAUACAUAUUUAUAUCUAUCUAUGUGUGGGACAAGAUGGAGAAGGAGCAGGAGUCUAAUUAAAUGUAAUUGCCGAAGCCUUACAAUGUGAAAGCGAAACGAACUAAAUGUGUAUGUCCAACUAAAUGUACUUCUUUCUUUUGUAUUGAUUAGCCAGCGACACCCUCUAGUAUACAAAACAUUCCCCCUCAUACAAAUGUAUUGUUCCUCCCCCAGCCUUUUUUGUAUAAACAUCAUCUUUUUGUACUCGUUUUUUGUACUAUGUGCUCUGAUAAUAAAUCGCGUUUUGUUAUACUGUGCGCUGAUAAU